GGUCACAUUGUAUUUAGGUUGAUUAUUUUCCUUAUUUUGCGUGUGUAAAAAUGUUGUGUUGUGAAAAGCGCAAUUUUCUUGCAAUGCCUAUAUAGUUUGUCAACCAGCUAGUGGCUAAUGUGCAUGCCAAUAAUGUUAACCGUUUGACGGCAUUAUACCAACUGCAUGGCAGCGCCUGUCUAGCCAAAUAGCAGCCCCAGCACAAACUGAAGGCGUGUGAACGAAGCGAGCGAGCGAGCGUGUCAGCGCAGAGCGGAGCGGUGUGUAUGUGGAGUGAGGAGUGAGGAGCGGAGCGCAGCGCGUUUUCUGUGUGUUUUGUGUGUGUAUAUAAUGGACAAGUUAAAAAACAACAACAAAGAACAUGCAGUUAUUGCAUCAAUUGAGUGCUCCUAUACCAAUGCUGCUGAAACCGAUAUCGAUGUGGAAAGCAAUAAGAGCACGCCCACACCAUAUUUUACGCCCCUCGAAUAUCUACAGACCUCCUUUGAGUUCCCAUCGCCCACAACUCCAUCUGCAGCAGCGACAUCUGAUGCAUGCGAUGAGGAGCCACUCUAUACACCGAAACAGUUUACAGUUUGUAAUCCUAAACAGCAGCCGCAGCAUCAGCAGCCGCAGCAGCAACACUCAACGCAAUUGCCGCAAUCGCCGACGACGCUAAAUCGUAAAUUUAAGCGAUUUUCCUUAUACGAUCGACGAUCAUGUUCGCCGCAGGACGCAGGUCGGAUAUUUGCCAACAAGGAGAAUACGAUACCAAAAAAAUGCGGCACCGAUAACGAUCACGAUAGUUUGUAUUUAUCGAAAAGCGAACACAACUCACCCACAAUCCUUUUUAGAGAUGAUAGCUCAACGACGACAACAACAACUACGUCAACGGCAACAACAACGCCAAAUCUCCUUAACGAUUCGAGCCGGCACAGCUACUCACCCAAGUUGCUCGCCUCCAUAAAUAAUUUGAAUUUGAAUCAUUCGUUGAGCGGCUCCCCGCUCAACAUCAUUAAUUCGGCUGGCUAUAAAAAUGGCAAUUUCUUUCGCUUUCCCGAAAUCGAUCAUGUGGUGCAAGAUAUGGUGGUGCAGCAGUCGCCACCGAUUGCUGCCCUGGCAGCCGAAGAGCCUGACAAUCAGCAACAGCAACAACAGCAAGCAAAGCAAGCUGUCACAGUCGAAACGGGUCGACGCAAUCGCAAGAAUAAGAACAAUCUCACCAUACGCAUCACAGAUGUGCAGCUGGCCAAGCCGUUAUCGCCCUCCAAGCCAAAGACGCCCACAAUCAAGAGCACCAAGGAGAAGGCACGCUCCCUGGACUCUGCUGCCAACGAGACGGAGCUGUCGAUUGUGGUGCAUCCGAUCAAUGAAUCUCAUCCCAUGCCGGGCAGCAGYGGCGGUUAUGGAUAUGGAUAUGGAUAUGGCCACAGCCCUGGGCAGGCCAUGAAUCAAAGCAAUAUGUUAAUGCAGCCAACGGCCUCCAGUUUGCACUCCACCUCGCUCUCACGUCUGGAUACCCAACAGUCACUGCACAGUCGACGCACCACUCGUCGCAAAUCGCCUGGCUUGAAUAGCAGCGAUUGGCAAAUGUAUCAUCGCAAACAGAAUCCAUAUCAGACCUCACUGGAUGCCGAUGAACAAAAGUCGGCCUCAAGUGUUGAGAGCAGCAGCAACAGCGGGAAAUUCACACUGGGAGCCACUCUGGCACCACGAAGCGCACACAAAUUAAAUCCCAUGCUGCACUCAUCGAGUACCAAUUUGAAGACGUUGCCCGAGUGCUUGACCCUGGUGGAGUUUACGCCAUGCACAGCAGCUGUGGAGUCACCCUUUAAGCAAAAGUCGAUGGAUUUGCCCGGCAAGAGCGUCGGUCAUGGCUCGAUGAAUCUGCUGCAGCGUCGCGGCUCGAAUCACAGUCUCACCUUGAAUCUGCACAGCUCUUGUGGCAAUCUAAUGAACAGCGGCUUGAGUGUUUCGAAUUAUAGCUUGGGCUCUGUCAGCAACUCGAAGUCCAGCUGCAAUCUGGAGCAGCAACAAUCGCACAAUCAACAGCAGCCACAGCCGCUUAAUCAAUUAACUGUCGCUGCGGGCAGCGGCCAGGGUGUGCGUCAGGGUCUGUUUCGGCGGCGUGGAUCCAAUCACAGCAUCACCUUGCAGAGUCACACGACCAACUCGUGCGGGGAGCUCAACUCGAUGGCCAGUCAGACGACGCCUAAGCGCGGGCUGCUCGAGCGAAGGGGCAGCAAUCAAAGUCUAACGCUCAAUAUGGGCGGCCAGUUGAGUACAGCAGGCGGUGGAGGAGGAGUUCUGGAUCCAACGCAGCCCAAGUUAACUGUUUGCAGCUGUGGUGCAGCGAAUGCCGCUCAGGCGACACAUCAGCGCAAGUUCUUCAGCACCGAGAACUUGAAUAGCAAUCGAUCCGGCAAUAGCUCACAGUAUUUGGACUUCAAGCAGCCGCUGUGCUUUGGCUCGGCCUCCGAUCUGCAGCCCAGCGAGCAGUCGAAGAACAAAUCUCCCAUAGGAACUGACGAGACGGGCGUUGUGCUCUGYACCUGUGCAGCUGGUGGUGGCGGCGGCGGCGGCAUUCGGAAUAUCAUGACACGUCCGCUCUCACCGCAGACGACGAGCGAAGAGUUCAAAAUCUAUUUGGCCAGCAUACAGAUGCUGCAGAGUGCCUCGAAUCCGCUGAAUCAGUACGAUUUGAUCAAGCUGAAUCACGUGUUCGAUCACAGCUACAAAGCGAACUUGGAGCAGCCGCCGGUGUUGGUGUUGGGACGUGAAGGCGGCACGCCCACAAAUCAAGUGCCGCCCACAUCCGAAGACAGCGAACUGCUGAACUUGUACCAGACGGUGGUCAAGCGAAUCGUAACACCUUUGCCACAUCUGGACGAUGAUGAACAGAAGCGUAUAUUUCGUGAUUUGCAUAAGGAAUUUUGGGACUUGCCGUUGAAUCAUCAGGAGAAGCCCAUGGUAUUAGGUUCGCAGACAAAGAAUCGAUACAAAACGAUUCUGCCCAACGAGCAUUCGCGCGUUAUACUCGAGAGUGAGGCGACGGAGCUACUAAAUUUGCAGAGCUGCUCCCUGUUGCAGCCCCAAACUGCAAGCGAGGAGCUGAUGAGCAAAACGACGCUGCUGGCCAACGAGGAGUUGCCCUACAUCAAUGCCAAUUACAUCAAGGGCCCGGACUAUGUGUCCAAGUGCUACGUGGCCACGCAGGGACCUCUGCCGAACACCAUUUUCGAGUUUUGGCUGAUGAUCUAUCAGAAUACACAGCGUUAUAUACGACGUUGCAUGGAUGGAGGCAGCAGUCCGCACGUAGAUCGAACUCACAUCUUGCAGCAGUAUUAUCAAAAGAUCGUAAUGCUGACAAAUUUCACGGAGUGCAAUCGACAGAAGUGUGCCGUCUAUUUUCCCAUCGAGCUGAACGAGAUCUUUGCAGUGGCCGCCAAGGGCGAGGUCUUUGAGUUGAGCGCGCAGGCACGCGCCUAUUUUGAGCCGCAUCUGAUGUCGAUGCAGGAGAGCGACGAGUCUGGAACUAAUCUCGGCAGUGAACUGCAGCCGGAACGGGAGCAGCUCAACAAUCGCUGGCACAUAGCCAUCGAUUCGCAGAAGGUGACGCUGAGCGAGUCGCUGCGUCGCUCACUGCCCGCCACUGGAAGUUUCUUUUUGGCCAAAAACGUGGGCAUUGUGCGACGCAAUGGCUAUUCUGUGCGCAAGCUCAUUCUGCUCUACUGCAUCAAUGUGCCGGACAGUGUGGGCCUGCUGGACUAUCAUUUGCAAAAGAUUUGCUGCUAUCAUUAUUGGUAUCCCGACUGGCCCGAUCACCAUUCGCCGCGGGAUAUCAACACCUUGCUGGACACCUGUUUGCAUGUGCUGAAUCUUGGCAAGUGCGAGUCGGAGUUCGACAAUUACGAUGACAAACGGAGCACACGGAAUGCGCAUUUGAGCGCCCAACGUUUGGAGAUCUACAAGCAGGACAUCUUCAAUGCGGUGCAGCCGUUGCCCGUGAUACACUGCUCGGCGGGCAUUGGACGCACCGGUUGCUUCACAGCCAUACUGAAUGCAGUGCGUCAGCUACGACAAUCGUUGGCCUACUCCCUGACUGGUAUGCUGACCAAAACGCUGACCAUCAAGGAUAUGCAGUGCACACAAUAUGGCAGCGACGAGGAUACCGAGUCCAGCUUUAGCUGCAAUACUCUAUUGCACAUACAGCACAUUGUUGAGCAGCCGGAUGCCGUUAGCUUCGACCAGCUGCCCAAGAUGCCGGACAUCUUUGUGGAUAUCUUGGGCAUUGUUUGCAAUCUCCGUCUGCAACGCGGCGGCAUGGUUCAAAACUCUGAACAGUACGAGCUAAUACAUCGAGCCAUUUGUCUCUAUUUGAAGCGCACUUUGGCGCUGCGACGUUUUUAGAUUAGUUACAAAUUGAAUACACAUAAUUGAUGACAAUGUUGAACAACAUAAUGACGACGACGACGACGACGACGAUGAUGAUGAUGAUGAUGAUUAAGAUAUAGUUGUAGAUGAUGAUGAUGAAGUUGAAGAAGAACAAAACACCAAUUUACUAUUUGUAAAAGAAACCUUUUUGUGAACCUUAUUUAAAAAAGCAAACAAAAAAAAACGUAAAAAAAUUAGAAAAAAAAAACACAAAAGAAGAAACCCAACAACAACAAAUGCGAAUAACCAUGGCUAAAAGAGUCUCGAACAUUAUAUACUUAUAUACAUAAAACAAGAUAAUGAAAAUCGGAAUAUAGUUAUAUAUAGCAGACACACGAUGCGUGUGCUAUGUGAACUUAUUAUCUAUUACUACACAUUAUUAUGAUUACGAAUUAUUAUUAUUAUUAUUAUUAUUAUGAUUAUUAUGAUGAUGAUUAUUAUAAAUGUUUAUUAAGUGUUUUUUGAAUGUAUGUGGUGUGCAUGUAUAAUGUAUGUACAUAAGUGUAAAUGUUUUUCCAUUUUUUUCGGUGUGAGCAACAAACAAAACAAAAGAAAAGCAAAACAAACCCUAAGCUUAAAACAACAACAACAACAAACUACAUUUAAUUCAACUUAUUAAUUACCUUACCCUAACAAACAAGAAACACACAGACAACAACCAACAGACAGCAGCAACAACAACUGUGAGUUGACAAUCUUUUGUUGGGGUUUACCGUGAAAAGCUCAAACCCCUUUAUCAAGUUGUCUCGAAGCUUCGCGCUUCGUUUCUAACUGACUAAAACACCAAUUUUCACGGCAUUUUCCCAACUGUCAGCUCGACAGUUGUUGUUGCUAUUUGCUAUUAUAAGGGCCGAAUCCAUAGUUACAGCUAGAGUUCUUUCAUGACAAAAACAAAACAAAAUUAUAUA